GUGGCACGAUAUUUAUUGCCGCUUACAUCAAGUCUACCAAUUAUAUUUUGGACACUCCCCAGUUGACAAGGAUUCCAAAUAUACAUACAGGGCAAUCCAUUACCAAAGGAGUCGCACUGUAUACGAGACCAUACUAUUGCCUUACGUACCCAAUAUACCUUGCAAGCCACGGGGUUCGACAUGAUCACCAGCCGUAUCACCAUCCUCUUACUUUAUAGAAUAUUCACAUCUUAUAAUAGUAUACAAUAUUGAGCCGAAAUGAUAAGUAGACGUCGCAAUGGAAGUCGAGGGCCGAAACUUACAAAUAGACGGAAAAGCAGUCAAUGCGGCCCAAGGUGACGUUUCGGUUGAAAAUCAGCAUAUUGAUCAAAGAAAGGAUCAUGAAAUCAACCAGAAUCACCAGACACACGUGGUUAUUAACAACCAAUAUGACAGGGGCAUCUAUGAACGUCGCAUGGUACCAGCAGACCCUGCUGCCUCAUUUAUCGAUCAAUUACUAUUGAGGGCUAUUAUUCUCGCUCAAAGCGAUGACAUCAAAUACGACGACCGUGUCGGGAGCCACGUCCGCGUGGAACAGGCCGAUCGCCUGACGGAGCAAAUUGCCUCACUAUGGGACAAUACAUCACCGGCAGUAGAUAAUAUCAACAAGUCUAUUCGAAAGUUCCGGAUCCAGGUAUUAGAGCCAGAGAUAGGCAAAGACAAUACACCGACUCUCCCACAUAAGUCACUAGAGGAUUCAGUGACCUGGGUCCGAGCAAGUUUAGCAUGUGCAAUUUCUCAAUCCAGAGACGUUUAUACGACUCGAAGAAGCACCUCACUCCUUCUCCUUGAUCUUAAGAAGCAUAUUUAUCCUUAUUGCUAUUGGGUGAGCUUGCUUAGGAAUCAAAAUAAAUCAUGCUGCUUGAGUGGUAAGUUUUUAUAUAAUGAGAUCUAAGGCUGUCUUCUAAUAUUGAUAUUAUCAGACGCAUUCGGCUGUUUGAUCUCGGUAUGUCUUCAGUCUUACAAUAUCUGCCUUGAUUUUUUAACU